CCGCCAGACACAACCACCAACGCACAUAUACACGCUCACAAGACAAACAUUGCACUCAAGAAACCACUUUGAGUACCUCGGUGUCUCUCUAUAUAGACUUUUUCUUCUUCAGUUUAGUUCAUUUGACACACCAUCCUUUCAUCCUCCUAUCCCAAUAUCAUGAUGGCUAGCAACGAGCCGCAACCAGAUACCACAGCCAACAGCAAGCCUGAAAAUCCUUCAGAUGAUGCUCGCGCCGAUGUCACGGCUGCUGUUGAGGAGCUCCUAAACUCCUUGUCUAACAAAUUUGCUGGUGUCUCGUCAGAAAUCUUUGCGAAAAUGGAUGAGAUGUCUCGGAGGCUGGAUAAUCUCGAAGCAGCUCUUCAGGAGAGCAAGGCCAAAGAUGGAGGAUCAACCAAGUCCUCGUAAGAUUUGAGUUCAAAUAAGGGGUGUAGGGUGUCUAGGCUUUCUCUCAGAUGUUUCGAUUCAUCACAUGCAAAUAGA